AGAAUGCUGAGCCCCGGACAGUGAAGUCAGUGAACAGCCAGCUAAAUAUACAGAGGCACAACACAGCUGCCAUGGAUAUUGAUAACAAGAAAUCAUUUAUUAAGAACUUCAGCCUUAAUGACUGUAAACCUCGUGGCAACCAGGGCUAUAAGCGAGUGCUCCUGCAGCUGUUCGGUUAUUUAGGUCACGGCAAAUCGUCUUUUAUUAACACCUGUAAGUACGUCCUGGAGGAAGGAGCAUAUAAACUUUAUUCUGAUGUUGGUAGUUCAGAUGGAGGUAAGACCACAAAGAGAAUAUCGUACCCACUCACAAGCAACAUCACUCUGGUCGAUAACCGCGGAUGCGCAAUGAUGAGCGAUCAAGAGACGGGGGAAAUCUAUGCUCAGCUUGGUAAUCUGCUGCCUCUGGACCAGGAAGUGCAGUGGCAAAGGGGGUAUAUGGGUAUAAUGAAGCGACUGGUGGAAGCCGACAAGAAUGCCAAUUACUCCGAUUUUAUAGUUCCCAUUUUUGUAUACAGUGUUAAGAAAGGGAUUUCAGAGGAAGAAAUGCCAGAAAUAAAGAGAUUGCUUGAUAAUGCCAGAAAUCUAACAGGACUUGUUCCUAUUGUGGUUCUCACUUUUAAAAAUCAAGGGAAUGUGAAGGAGGUUGAAGACAAGUUUAACAACAUAGGAGUGGAUAACAUAUUCAAACUUGAAAACUUUACUCCAUCUGACAAUGGAAAAACUCCAGACAGAAUCAGUGAAGUCCUGACGUUCCUCAAAGAGGUUCUGAAGGAUGUGACAUAUCACAUGCGAAGUGAGAGGAAUUGCAAAUUGGAAAGAGCUGAACGUAAGAAAUUUGUGUUGGGUUUUGCUCAUGAUACAGAAGUGAAUGAAGAAAAGCGACAGAAGGAGAUGGAAUUGGAAAGAGAGCGGGAACGAGCCAGACAGCUUCAGAGACAACGAGAAGAAGAAGAGAGAAGAAGACGAGAAGAAGAAGAGAGAAGAAGACGAGAGGAAGAGAGCUUUUUCACCAAGGUGAUAAAUAUUUUUAAAUGGUAACAGCCUGAUGAAACGGCUCUGUGUAGCCGAGAAACGCGUUGCUUUGAUUUUAAAACAUUUUAAAUAAAAUUGUUUUAACUUUACCCUGCUGGAGUUUGUUCUCCCCUCUUUCCAUCUGUGGACUGUGCAAGUGUUUGCAAACCGGAGCUUUAACACUGUCUACUGCCACUCGCCUUUUCUUCCGCUGGUGUACAGAUCCCCGGCACACAAGGAGGAAGGUGUGUCACUAUUCUGAGAUCCUGAUUGGCCUUACGGAACCCGGUCCGGCUCGAGGAUUAGCUGCUGCCUUUGUCUGUCUUCCGGGCGACGUUGAGGUCCCGGUCUGCUUUGUUAGGCACGCCAUAGUGCCGUUCUGUUUGUGAGUAUUGGUCCCUUCCAUUUCUAUAUUUUUAUCUGGGUAUUAGCGUUAUUACCCUAUUGGCGCCUUCCUUUUCCCUACUACAUGUAGGAGCACAUGUCUGACUGACAGCAGCGUGUCUGUGCUAUUUCUGCAUUGCCCUCAUUUAUUAGAGUUAUUCUAUCAUAUCACUUGUCUCUCUUCUCUUUUGUUAUAAGAACUGUAUAUUGUUAUUGUCUUUCAUUAAAUGUAAAUACAAAUAAAAACCAAUAAAUGUAAUUAAGAGAAUCAGUAUCUCAUAA